AUGAAUUCCCACGACUUCCCGAUUGUCCCAGGAAGCCUGCUCUCCUUGAUGUCCUGCAGCUACAAGGUGGAGUCCUUCCUGGGGGAGGGCACUUUUGGAAAGGUUGCCAAGUGCCUCAAUACAAACACCAACAAGAUGGUAGCCAUCAAGAUCAUGAAGGAUACAAGGAGAUCAGUGCAAGACGCCAAGAGAGAGCUGGCCGUUCUUAAGAAAGUGAAAUCCUUGGACCCAGACACAUGCAACAUCGUACAAUGGAACUGCAGUUUCAUCUACAGAAACUACAUGUGUCUGGAGUUUGAACUCCUGGAUGUGAGUCUUAGAGACUUCUUGAAGCAGAGAAAUUACUGGCCUCUGCCUCUGAAGGAGAUAAGACCCAUCCUUCAUCAGUGUGCCACAGCACUAAAACACCUGAAGGACAUCAACAUAAUCCACACUGACCUGAAGCCUGAUAACAUCAUGAUGGUAGACCGUCGACGGCAGCCACUCAGGGUCAAAAUUAUUGACUUUGGCGCAGCCUGUGCAGUUUCAGAAGCCAGGCAGUGUUGGUACAUCCAGACCCGGUGGUACAGAUCUCCAGAGGUCAUGCUGGGCCUUCCGUUCUCAGAGGCCAUUGACAUGUGGUCUCUGGGCACGGUGGCUGCAGAGCUCUUCCUCGGGCAUGCGCUCUACCCCGGCAGCUCUGAAUAUGACAUGUUGAGGUUCAUCGUAGAGACUCAGGGUCAGCCACCAGAUCAUUUGCUCAGAUCUGGACAGAAAACCUGCCGCUAUUUCCACAAAGAGACCAGUGAUUCCUGGAGACUCAAGACUCAAAGAGAGGUCAGGAAAGAGAUGAGGAUCAAGUCCAGAGAGACCCGGAGAUACCAGCUCAAAAACCUGGAUGACCUUAAGCAAGUCCAUCAAUCUGACCAUGCAAGUGAUGUGAGCUUCAGUACUGCAAAACUCAGGGAUCAGAGGCAGUUCGUGGACAUGUUGAAACAGAUGCUGCACCUGGAUGCCAGAAGACGAAUAACACCCAGUCAGCUUCUGGAACAUCCGUUUAUCAGCAUGAGCCACCUUGAGAACAUGUACCCUGAAAGCUUGCAUGUCAGGUCCUGUUUUCUGAAGAUGGACAUCUGUCGGAGACAACAGCAGACCUCUGACAGCAGGAAUGGUAGCGCUCAGACUACCCAGCAGCCAUCUCUGCAUCAGCAAGCCUCCUCUGGCACUGCCCACCAUGACCAGCACAGGGUCCGACCCCAGCUUCAGCCUGCUGCUAUGAGCCUGGCUGGGCCCCUCCACCAGGGUACCGACAGUCGUCCCUCCACCUCCACUCAGACCCAAAGCCAGAGGUCAGCGGUGAAAAGAAAGAGGGCUGAGCCUGAAGAUAGAGAAGCUGACAACAGAAACACGAAGGCAUGUCUACCAACGACGAGCACGACCCAUGCAGCCUCCAACUCAGGCCCACCCAAAGCUGAGCCAAACAGGACUGAUGAGAGGACGGUCCUGCUGGGGAAGAGCAAGACAUCUGCUGGACAUUUGGCCUCUCAGAGCAGGAAGAGAAGUGCACCUUACAUCAUUCCCAAGAGGACAGCCAACCAGGGAGGCCAUGACGUGGCAUCAUCAUCGUCAUUUGGACCAGCACCAUCUUCAUCCUCUGGUCGGGCUGCUGCAGGUGCACAAAACGGACUGAGACCUGCUGCUUCUACCAUCAGAGGGGCCACAGGUCAGACUGGAUCCAAGAGGGCCAGACUCAGUCCCCUCAUAGAGGACAACAGAGGCAGAGCUGGAGCCAAGACUGAGGCCCCCAGAGCCACAGCUCAGGCCAACACCAACACCUCUACGUCCCAGACUGGCACCAUCUCCCCUACGGCCCAAAACUGGUACGCUGCCUUCAUCCCAGAGCUCUUGGUCUGCUUCAAAUCCACUGGACCAAAACAGAGCUAG